UCAAUUCUGCCCCUCUCACGUGCAACCUUAUAUACUUCUUUCCUUUUACAUUACCCUUUUAACAAUUUUACAAAUUUCUUCUUCCCAUUCAUCUCUUUCUCUCUACAAAACCAAAGGCAAAAGCUAAAGUCCUCAAGAAAGGAAGGAAAAAAAAUGAGUCUUGAUGCUCUUUCUUCCAAUGACUUGUUCAACUUCAUCAUCUACGACACGAUCUCCGCAACACCGGACGCCCUCCGUGACUCGUCGGAGAAUAAUACUUUACUCUCCGGCGACAAGUGCUCGAAACCCAAUUCUCGAAAACGCCGACCGAGCGAGGCCCAAUGCAACCCAACGACACCGGCGCAGCAAGGGAAGAAGAAGAGGAAGAGAAAAGCAAAGGUUUGCAAGAACAGAGAAGAAGCUGAAACACAAAGAAUGACACACAUUGCUGUUGAAAGGAACCGUCGUAAACAAAUGAAUGAACAUCUUUCAGUCUUACGUUCACUCAUGCCCGAAUCCUAUGUUCAAAGGGGUGACCAAGCAUCCAUAGUAGGUGGUGCAGUUGAGUUUGUGAAGGAAUUGGAGCAUCUUCUAUCAACUUUAGAAGCCAAGAAGCUAAAAAUCUUACAACAAGAAGUAGAUCAUCAUCAAGAACAAGAGAUUAAUGAAGAUUUAAGGAUGAGAUUGAGAAUGAAUGAAAAUAAUAACAAUAAGUUGUUUUCAUUUGUAAGUUUGUUGAUGCAUAAUUCAGAUCAAAAUAACUAUUGUUCUCAAUACUCAACCAAAUACACAUCAAAAUCCAAGGCUUCUUCAGCUGAUAUUGAAGUUACUUUGAUUGAAACUCAUGCAAACCUUAGAAUCCUCUCAACAAGAAGCCACAGACAACUCUUGAAGCUCAUUGCUGGCUUGCAAGCUCUUCGUCUCACUAUUCUUCAUCUCAAUCUUACUGAUUUCCAUCCAUUGGUUCUUUACUCCAUUAGCCUCAAGGUUGAAGAAGGAUGCCAAUUGAGAUCAGUAGAUGACAUAGCAGCAGCAGCACAUCAUAUGGUGAGAAUAAUUGAGGAAGAAGCUGUUUUAUGUUAAAAUGUAAACAAUUCAAAAAAAAGAAAAAAGAAAAAAAGCUAAGAAGUUUGAAAAAUGGAAUCAACCAAACCAUUAAAAUGCCAAGUUCUCUAUGUGUGUGUAUGUGGCUUGGUUUGAUGCAAUUUGUAAAUGAAUGUGUUUUUAUGUAAGUUGAUUAUUGUUUUGUAGCUAUCAAAGGUUUGUCUUUGUAUGCUUUAGUUUCUUUUUUUCUUGAGACCACAGAAAAGGAAGAGAGGGACAGAUGAUAAGAAAAAGUUGUCAAAGGGAUUGGCUUGGAUUCAUCUCUUUCUUCCAAUG